CAGGUUGAGAAAAUUCGGUUGUUGUUGGAUAGGCUGGGCAUGAGUGAAAUUAAAGUCGGUUCAGUGGAAGAAUUCCAAGGUCAAGAGAGACUGGUCAUUAUUAUUUCUACUGUAAGUAAUAGUGACUAAUUUCAAUCCGUCAAGCAGGGGUGGAAAACAUAGGCAAGACUGCUCGCAGGAAAUGUUAAACAGCUGCAGGAAAUUCGUUUUGAAUGAAGAUUUGCUAUUGAAAAUUUGAAGGAAACUUUAACAGCCAUGUCCCACUAUGGGCGCAACAACAUAUGGUUAAUUUAAUUUAUAAACUUUGCCGAUGAAACAGUACAUUGCAUAACAGGACAAAAACAAACUCAUUUAACGUACAUAAUGAAACACAGUACAUGACCACGGAUGGGUGACCGCAACAGCGAAUAACCAAUUACUGCGGGCUCGAAUAGCCAAUUACUGCGGGUUGACAGACAUUCCUUGAAUUUAAAACCAUGGUCAGCUAGAACACUACAGUAUAUGUUUAUGCACAUGCAGAUUUAGCACAAAAAUACUCCGUUGGUCUGCAGGAAAUUAUUUUUCCUGCCCUGCGGCGUCAAGACCAUUCUGUGAUGUAAACAGCUUCUUAUCGUCCAUUUUUAUUGUCUUGCUAUAGGUUCGAUCACGCGAAAACCUAAUUGGAUUCGACUACACUCAUAACAUUGGUUUCCUCAGCAAUCCCAAGAGAUUCAAUGUUGCAAUUACGAGGGCCCAGGCUUUGAUGAUCGUUAUCGGUAACCCGCAUGUCUUGGUACAGGUAGGAUGUAAUGUUGUGUGGUUAUGUUAUGGUUGAACACACGUGGAGUGUUUUAUCUGGUUGAAGAAGGUGUGGGGUAGCCCUUCGUGUUGGAGGGAGGACUUUGAUAGCCUGACCUGGGAGUUUUCGUUCACUUGACCUCACGUUGAAAAUGCAAACCUUUUCGGUUUCAAUAAAAAUAGCGCGUAUUCUCGGAACAUUCGUUCUGAGAACUGUACCCUAUUAUUUGUCUAGAGGAGGCUCUUUGGCAUCGAUGAGUUAAUGGGCUUAAGGCUUGUUUAGACAAUCAAACUUUCUGUGAUCACAGGAAGAUUUUUGGACAGGCAAAUUCUAAGUUUUGAAGGAUUUGUAAGAAAUGUUUGAGGGGACUGACUUGACACUCAGUAAGUUUCUUCAAACAUUUCUUACAAAUCCUUCGAAACUUAAAAUUUACCUAUGCAAAAUUCCUACUGUGAUCACAGAAACUUUGAUUGUCUAAACCAGCCUUUAUAUUAACUGUGAAGAAGACAUUGUCUUCGCUCAAAAUUUUGGACACUUUAAAGCUACAUCUAUUCUAACUUAUUUUGAGUAUUUACAGCACUGUGGGUAAUCUUGAACCAAGAUUGUUCUCAUGCUGUUGCAACGCUGUUAAAACUACCAACAGUUUUAAGCCAAAAUGGCGUGAAACCACGUCCCUUCAUAGGGACGCAAAUUGAUAAUAUUUUACACUUGAAGACAGUGUAAAAUUAUAAUUUAGUAAAUGUCUUUUGGACGGUAUCAACGCCGUCAAAUGACAUUCAAAAGAUGCACUGUUUCGUGUUUUAGGACACUAAUUGGCGGGCGUUAUUGCAAUAUUGCUUGGAUAAUAAGUCUUACAUUGGGUGUGAUUUACCCAACUUGAACUCGCAUGUCGAGAGUGAAGAUCAUGUUACAUCAAGUGAAUCGAAUAACGAAGGGCAAAGUACGAGUGAAUUAAAGAAUUCUGUUGAGACUGUAUGUAACAACGUUGUGUCUGCUGGUAGCACUGUUCAAGCCACAAGCGAAGAAAAUGGCCAGUGUGUCAAAAACGAAGUUGAGGAAGAUAUGAAGUCAAGUAAAUUGCAUAGCGAUGGUUGUGGUCAAAAUGUGAGCCAGCAUAAGAGUUCUGUUGAAGAUAUAUCUACCGGCGUCAGGCUUGUCGAUGAUGGUCGAACCUUUUGCAAAGAGAAUGUCGACCAUUGUUUUAAGAAAAAUGAAACUGAUUUAUGUAAGGAUGAUAGGAGUCAACUACACAAUUCUGUCGAUGAAGCUACAUCGAAUAAUGAUUUUGAGCCUUUCAGAAACACUUUUAAUGGAGGUACUGAAAGCCAUGGUAGCUCAAUAGACGCUACAGAUGGGACUCCUAUGGAUAAACUAGACCCUGUGAAGGACAUCGAUGGUUCGAGACGGGAUAGUGGAGGUGUUUCUAUGAGUGAACUGAAUAUAUCUGGUGUAGACGUGGAUGGAUACACAAGGGAUAAUGUUUGUAUUUCCAUGGAUAAAUAUGGUGGUAGUAUUUAUAUGGAUAACCUAGACAUCAAAGGUCAAGAUGGAGUAAGUAGGGUGAAUGAGGGUGUUUGUGGUUCCUCUAUGGCGUACUGUAAACACGAUUGCGUGGCCAGACACAGCGAACCCAAGAUAAUAGAAGGCAAUGGAACUCAUACUCAGGAUAUUGAUUUAAGCCAGUCAUCAAAAUUACUUUCAACCGUUGAAAAGAUAAAUUGUUUUGAUAAUGAAACUCCUACGCGGUCUGUAGCUCAAGAUAAUGUUGAUGAAAGUUCAGACGAGGAUCUUGAUGAGAUUGUUUAUGAAGGUGACAAGGAGUAAAUAUUAUGAACGAACGUGAUGUUAUUGAAAACAUAUCACUGAUCUUUAAGCGAAACCGGAUAGCGCAAGAAAAUACAUUUAUAUAUUUUGUAACAAAAAUCUAAGGGAGAAUAUUUUAUAAAGGUGUUUGGGUAAUAUUACUUUAAAUAAAUGUUGAAGUUCAAUUGGGUAAAAGAAAUUAAGAGCGUAACUGUCACAACAUUAUUGAAAGGCAGGUCACGUUGCCCGAGUAUCUAUAUUGUGUGUAAGCCCUCGCAAAAUAAAUUCCUUGAUUAUCAUCAGUACAUAUUAAAAAUGUUGAAGAGGCGAGAGGUUGAUAUUCUAUAUUUUAUGUAAUUUAUAUAUCAAUGCAUCAAGAAAUAAUUAAUAACAUUUUAAUAUUUCUG